CUUGAUGGAAGCGAUGUCCCCGCAACAGGAUCACGUCGGGCAAGGGCGCUCUUCCUCGCUGACCGGAGGCUCCCGGCUUUCCGCAGGCUCCGACGCCAAAAAGUGGCCAUUUUGAAGCAGGAAGUGGCAGUUGAAUCAGAAUGGGAAGUUGCUGAGUGGGCUGACAACGGUGUCAUGGAACUGUUGUCAUGUUCAUUGUGUGGGGAAACGAGACAGGAGGCAAUCGGUUUAGAGACUGGUGGUGUUCAAAUCAGGAGCAAUGUAGAGUGAGAAAAUGAAGAGCUUGGCCCAAAGACGUCAGUCUGCCCCAUCCCUUGUGAUCAGCAAAGCACUGAACAAGACCAGACCGAAUGCCAGGGAAGGUUGCUUCUCCCCAAUCAGUCCAGAGACAUGUCUGCUAGUCCAGUCCUUCCUCUCCCCCAACAGAACACUGCUCUUGGAAGGACAUGUACAGCUGAAGACGGGCCUGCAGACCCAGGAGCGACACCUUUUCCUUUUCACAGACAUCCUUGUGGUUGCCAAGCCCAAGUCCCAGUUCCACUUCAAGCUGAAAAGCCAAGCUCGUCUCUGUGAAAUAUGGAUAGCAUCUUGCAUGGAGGAGGUCUGUGAGAGCAGCACUAACCCUGAGAAGUCCUUUGUUUUAGGAUGGCCCACCACCAACUGUGUUGCUAACUUCAGUUCCACUGAACAGAAAGAGAAGUGGCUCACUUCCCUUCAAAGCCGAAUCAGUGAAGAGAAGGCAAAGGACUAUCCCAAGAGCAUUCCCUUGAAGAUCAUUGCAAAAGAUCUUGGAAACUGUGCAUAUUCAAAAACACUAACUGUAACCAACAUGGAUACAGCGAAUGACGUGAUCCUCAUGGCCCUCCAGCAGCUGGGAAUUAAUGGCUCUGAAAAAGACUACCAGCUGUGGGUGAAUUCUGGGAAAGAAGAUGCACCGUAUCCUCUCAUUGGACAUGAAUAUCCUUUUGGAAUUAAAAUGAGCCACGUUCGAGACACUUUGCCUCAGAUGCAGGGAUCAAAGGACUGCGCCUGCCCUCUGGACCUUCAGGGGGCCUUCCUGAUAGAACAGCUGCCCCGGGAGCUUCAGUGCCAGUUCAUACUCAAGCCAAGCCGCCUGGCCUCAGGCCAUCAGCUGAACGAGUUAAGUCAAAAGCCAUUUAAAAGGAAAAGAUCGAUUAUCAACUGGGCCUUCUGGAGGGGCACUGGCGCCCCACUGGACAAUGCGCCACCAUCACCAACAUCUCCUUCUUCAGGGAAGCUCUUUGGCCUUUCGCUCUCCACCAUCUGUGAGAAUGACAACCUGCCCAAGCCAGUCUUGGAUAUGCUUUCCUUUCUCUAUCAAGAGGGGCCUUUCACUCGAGGUAUUUUCAGACGUUCAGCCAAUGCAAAAUCCUGCAGGGAACUGAAGGAGAAACUUGACUCAGGAGCUGAAGUGCACUUAUUCUCCGAGUCCAUAUUUGUGACAGCUUCUGUGUUUAAGGAUUUUCUUCGUAAUAUCCCAGGCAGCAUUUUCUCAUCCCAGCUCUGUGAGCACUGGGUCUCGUUAAUGGAUGAAGGAAACUGUGAAGAGAAGAUACAAAUAAUCUGCAGACUAAUGGAACAGCUCCCCAGGGCCAAUGUGGUUUUGUUGCGUUACCUCUUUGGAGUGUUACACAGCAUAGAGAAACAGUCUGAAGACAACCAGAUGACUGCUUUUAACUUGGCAGUCUGUAUCGCACCCAGCUUGCUCUGGCCUCCAGCUCCUACAAGCCCUGGGACGGAGGGCGAAUUCACAAAGAAGGUUUCCAUCCUUAUCCAGUUUCUGAUUGAAAACUGCUGUAGGAUUUUUGGAGAGGAAAUUGCUUCCAUCUUUGCAGACAUAGUGCCCAAAAAUGAUAACAGAGAAGAUGGUUCAGAUCUCUCCUCUUUUCAUCUGAAUGACUCCUCGUACGACAGUUUGGAAAAUGAGCUGAAUGACUGCACAGACUCCUCCUUUAAUAACCUAAUCAAAAAACGAGGUCAAGAGAACAGGAGCAGAGAUUCUGUUUUGACCUUGAGUGACUGUGAUUUGGACCCGCCAGAGACAGAAAACACCCAGAUCAAAUUGCCGAGCAAAUCCCAGCCAGUGUCCAUUUCUGCCGGCUUCCAUCACAAAUCUCCAUCUCGGGAGCAUUCUGAGAAUGAGUCUCUGUGUUCUGUCACAUCAGGAUAUUCAUCAACAGCCCUUUCAGAUGUUCUCAAAAGUUCAAGAAGACACAGGCGCUGCUCUGAACCCACUAUCGGCCUUCUCGCCUCCAGGUUUACGCCCGUCAGCGGGUUCCACGAAAGCGCCGUCCGUAAAGCCAGCUGCGAUGCCGUCCUGUCCCAUACGGAUGAAGACUGCCUGAAGCAGCUUCGCUCGCUGCAAGUGGAAGGUCAGAAGCUUAUCAAUCAGAGUUUGGUCAUGGGGAUAGAUGUGGGCAAGAAUGUUCCAGAAAACCACAGCAGCGAAAAGAAAAACACAUGUAAUCGCCUUCUGCCACCACCUCCGCUUAGGCUGAAUAUUAGUUCAAGAACUAGUUGUUCUAGUCUGUCAUCUCCCGGUACUUCCCCUUCUGGGUCUUCAAUGAGUUCUUUAGACAGUGCUUUUUCACAGUUUUCAGACUACUCUGUGUUUACCCCAACUGAGACCUCCUCUCCUUUGGACUGCACUUUUCAUCCUCCAAGGAAGUGUGGAGAACUUUCCCCAGAUUUCAAUCCUUUCUCAGGUAUCCACCUUGGGUCAGGGGCUGGCUCUUUUCCCAACCAGACUAUCAGCCAUAACAGCCACAGCGGCAACCUGAUAAGUGUUAAGAAAGAGAGCCUAGAGUGGCCCCCUCACAAAAGCGCUGUCACUCUCCAUCCCAGCACGUGGUUAAAAAGUGGGGCUUCCACCAUGAAAAACUGGACUCUUCGAAAAAGGGAGAGGGCCUCCAAGCAAGAGGAGAAAAGGAAGAGCUCCACUAAAAUAACUGUGGAGAUAGAAACAUGUCCUUCAGAUGUGUCUGAGACUGAUUUGUAUCAAGGGCAAUGCCAGGGAACAGAAAACCCUGUCAUGUCCGGAGGUGUUAAUGCCACAUCACAGAACCAGGAGAGCAGUUCUUCUCAGGGAGCUGGGCAGCUCAGUGAUCUUCCCUUUUGUUCAACGGAAGUCAAGGAUAAGAGGUUGAAGGCCUUGGAGCUUUUGACUGAGCAGAGCAAAGAAGAGGAAGAGGAAGAGGAGGAAAAAUCUUCAGUUUUUCCUUCUCAUAAAAGACAGCCUUCCAGUACUAACCCAAGUGCCAAACAUAAACUGGAGCCAGUUGCUGCAUUCAGUAUUGAAUAUCAACAUUUGACCAAGGAAAACGUAAGAGACUCUGUGAUUUUCUCAGAGGCUGAAGCAGGAGAUUCCAGGAAUGAUAAAUUUUUGUCUUGUGUAGAGUCCAAAUUUGCCAGAGCCGACCCUAAAAGAAACUUCUGUGGCUCAUCGGAACUCACAAAAGCUGAGGGGAAACUUCUGUUUAGAUCAAAUUCAAGUACAAAAACAGAGGAUGGGGCCGAGCCCGGCAAAAUGGAAUGGAUGAAAAAGCUUUGUGCUGAUCCCAAGUUUGAGGAGAUUGAUCAAAAGUUUUUCACUGAGGAAUCUUAUGUUUGAGAAACAGCCUGUCUCAAAAAAUUGCUUCAUUUUUUAAAAAUAGUUUUUGUUUGGUGAGAUUAUCCCAGGAGGAUAUAAUCUCAUCAGGGAUGUUAACGGAACUCAUGCUGUUUGAGGAAUUAUCAGAAUGACUUUUUCUGGAGGCAGUGUUAUGGAUUCAAAGACGUUUACUGGUCUCUGGGAAGGCCACAUCAAACCUUUAAGAGCACUAUCAGCUCCACGCAACUUGAGCGUGCUUUGCUAUUCAGUCACUCCUGUAUGUUUUGAACAUUAUAAAUCUAUGUUUUGUGUACGUUGGUGAUUUGGAUAUAGUGUGUGAGGUCAGGCUGAGCUUGGUAUUGUAGUGUUGUUUCGAAGCUGAUGGUCCCUUAUAUUGUUCUCCAAGGGAAAAGGUUUAUGUCUUUCUGUGUUUUACAAGGCAAACCACUCAGUAGUUCCAGUCGUUUUUCCUCUUGCAGCAAAAGAAGACAGUUUUAAACUAAGCAUAUAUCCUGAACAUGCUAUAACUUACAACGCCAAGUUUUUUUGUGUGUGUAUGUCACUUACUGUACUCCAUUUGGAUGUUACAUUUUGGGUUUCCAGUUGUGAACAGUUUCUCAAUGAUAAUGCUGUCAGACAGCAUUGUGUAUUGUUGUUGUUAUUGUCGUUGUCAUUCUUGCAAGAUGAACUUAUGUAAUUUUUAUUACAUACUCUUGAAAUAAUCUUUAUUAUAAUAUAUUGAAAGGUAAUGCAUUAUCUUAAAAAAUGCUUUGAGAUUGUAUAAUAUAUCUUGAUAAAAUUUUUGCUAUUGUAUAUGUUCCCAAAUAAAUGUGUAUUUUUGUACUUGCGGAACAUGCUGCUCACUUUUGGGGUGGUGAAGGGCACUGGUGGUGUGGUGUAUGCAUUUCAUCGUGUAUUUGAAAUAAACGUUCUGCUGUAAAGCUGACAGGAUGAG